GACGGUAGCAGCCCGCAGUAGUAGUAGUAGUAUAGUCGUCGCGCAAGCAGGCGAUUAUAUGCACAGCAUAUAGGUAUCUAUAUACCGGCUGGAGAGUGAUCGCGCAACACACGCGCACGCACACACAUACGCAGUGAGGGGAAGCAAGCAGCCACCACCGCCGUAGUCGUCGUCGUCGCCGCGCGAAAUACAUACGCUUUGUACACACAAGAGAGAAGCAGUGUGAGUUUGCUGCGACCGACGAGCGACUCGACUCUCUGUGUGCCUGUGCUCCGUGCUGUCUGUGAGUGAACGCCGCGCGACAGAGAGACGGACCACGGCAAGUGCGUCUUAACUCUGGAUCCAUCGAGCUGCAGCGGAGAUCUUCGGCGGUGGCGGUGGCGGUGGGCGACAAAAUGUCGUGCACCUACGCUGAGGGCCUGUCGCCUUACGAGGACAAAGGCGUUCUCGGACUCGAAGAGAAAUUUGACACUGAUGAAACAUUGAGACUAAAAUGUGAGCUUUUGGCUGACUGGAUAAAAGGAGCUAGACAUGUUGUUGUUCAUACAGGAGCAGGAAUCAGCACUUCUGCUGGGAUUCCUGACUUUCGUGGUCCCAAUGGUGUAUGGACUUUGGAGGAAAAAGGUUUAAAACCAUCUAUGAGUACAUCAUUUGAUGAAGCAAUCCCUACAAAAGUACACAUGGCACUAAAAAAACUGAUUGAUACAAACAAAGUCAAAUUCAUCAUAAGUCAAAAUAUAGAUGGCCUACAUUUAAGAUCUGGAAUACCAAGGCAAUAUUUAGCAGAAUUACAUGGGAAUAUGUUUGUUGAGCAAUGUGAUAAAUGCGGAAAACAAUUUAUACGUAAUUUUCCGACAAAAAGCGUUGGUAAAAAAUGUUUGGAAACUGUGUGCAGAUCAGAGCAAAUAGGGGGUAGACCUUGCAGGGGUAAAAUGCAUGAUACUAUCUUAGAUUGGGAACACAAUUUACCAGACAGUGAUCUUGCAUUAGCUGAUCUACAUUCUAGUGUGGCUGAUUUAAGUGUAUGUUUGGGAACUACAUUACAAAUUAUUCCUAGUGGAAAUCUACCUCUAUAUACUAAAAAGUAUGGUGGUCGAUUAGUAAUAUGCAAUUUGCAACCAACAAAACAUGAUAAAAAAGCAGAUCUUAUAAUAAAUGGAAGACUUGAUGAAAUUAUAACAAAUGUGAUGAAAAAUUUGGGAAUGGAAAUUCCAGAGUAUGAUGUUUCUUCAGAUCCAACGCGAAAUACAGAAAUUAAUUCUCGUGAAAUGGAUUGGACGAUACCAACUACAAGAGUAAAAGAAAUGAAAAUUCUUUACAAAAAAGUCUGUACACCAGUCAAACGAAAACGACGAGCUACAUUCAUGUAUGAACGUGAAGAUAAAAUGCCUGUAAAAUAUACUCCCAAACGCAAAGAGAAAAAACAAGACAUUAAAGUCAAAGUAGAAGAUAAUGGUUCUUCUCCUAGUAAUCUUAACACUAACACAGAAGUAAAUUUUUCAAAAGAAGAAGUAAAAACUGAACCAAAUUAUGAUUCAAGUGAAGAUAACGCAUCAGAUGUACCAGCAAAAGAAAAUAAUGUUACGUAGUUGAUUUUCUAAUCAGAUUGAAAGAAUAUAUAAAUAUAUAUCUAUGUACUAUUUUAUUUCUAAGCACAACAAAUUAGUUAUAAUUGUGCAUAAAAAUUUCAACAUAAACAAUGUACAUGUUUAUAAUUCAAAAAACUAUUUAAUUUAUACUAAUGAUCCAAGUUAUUUAAAGGCCCAUGAUAGUGGUAACGUACAAAUUUUAACAAAAGAAAAUGAAGAAAUUAUGCUUUUAACUUUUGAAGAUUCGUACUAGUAGUGGUUGUGUCAUAUGGUACAGCUGAAAUAGCAUAAAAAUAGUGCAAAAGCAAGCUUGCAGUUUUAUAUUAAUAUAAAAAAAUAAAAUAAUCAUGAUUUCAAUAAACUGA